AGGGGUGCGGCCGCAGUUGGAGGCGUGGAGCGAGCGCUGAGCCGCGGAGCCCCUGCGCCUCUGAGCCCCGGAGCCCGCCAGGUCCCCGCCGCCGCGCGUCACGAUUAGUGUGAUCUCAACUCAAGGCAAAGUGGGCUACUAUGGCAUCUCUCUGGGUUGGACACCGAGGGACAGUAAGAGAUUACCCAGGCUUUAGCCCUUCAGUGGAUGCUGAAGCUAUUCGGAAAGCAAUCAGAGGAAUUGGAACCGAUGAGAAAACGCUCAUCAGCAUUCUGGCUGAGAGGUCAAGUGCACAGCGGCAGCUGAUCGUCAAGGAAUAUCAAGCAGCGUAUGGAAAGGAGCUGAAAGAUGACUUGAAGGGAGAUCUCUCUGGCCACUUUGAGCAUCUCAUGGUAGCCCUUGUGACCCCACCAGCAGUGUUUGAUGCAAAGCAACUGAAGAAGUCCAUGAAGGGAACUGGAACAGAUGAAGAUGCCUUGAUUGAAAUCUUAACAACCAGGACAAGCAGGCAAAUGAAGGAAAUUUCUCAGGCCUACUAUACAGUAUAUAAGAAGAGUCUUGGAGACGACAUUAGUUCUGAAACAUCUGGUGACUUCCGGAAAGCUUUGUUGACUUUGGCUGAUGGCAGAAGAGAUGAAAGUGUGAAGGUGGAUGAGCAGCUGGCCAAAAAGGAUGCCCAGAUUCUCUACAACGCUGGUGAGAACAAAUGGGGCACAGAUGAGGACAAGUUCACCGAGAUCCUGUGUUUAAGGAGCUUCUCGCAGCUAAAACUAACUUUUGACGAAUACAGAAACAUUAGCCAGAAGGACAUUGAGGACAGCAUCAAAGGAGAAUUAUCUGGGCAUUUUGAAGACUUACUGCUGGCCAUAGUUCAUUGUGUGUGGAACCUGCCUGCCUUUUUAGCUGCAAGACUGUAUCAAGCUUUAAAGGGUGCUGGUACUGAUGAAUUUACUCUGAACAGAAUCAUGGUUUCAAGAUCAGAAAUUGACCUUCUGGACAUUCGAGCAGAGUUCAAGAAGCAGUAUGGCUAUUCCCUAUACUCAGCAAUUAAAUCAGAUACGUCUGGAGACUACGAAGUCACGCUCUUGAAGAUCUGCGGAGGAGAUGACUGAGAGGACAGUCUGCACUCGCCACUCCGUGAUGGACUCCACCCACUUCUUUCUCAAUCAAGUGUGCACUGCAACCUGUUGGCCUAACGGAAAUACUCACUGUUCCAUAACAACAAUGCAAGCAGAAAGUGAUUAUUUUAGAGCCUCUCAUUCAUAAUAGAGUAGAUGACACAUGAAAUUUAAACUAGUAUAAAGAAUCUGCUAUUAUUAUCAGACUUAGAUUGCUGCUUAGGAACUAAAAAAAUCUGUGUAUCAUUCUAAGCCACUAAACAUACGGGUAAUAAAAAAUGUUGCCUUUGUUAAAGGAAA